UAGGUCGGCCACUUUCUUUCCGGGGACCAACCUGACACACCUGAUGUUCCGGCACUGGUCGACCGACAAAAGUUCUCAUAUUUUGAUGUCUAUCGUUCUUUAUAAGUUUUCCAAAGAAUGAAAUGGUGUUAAAGUUGGUUCUUGUUUCCUUGUUGAAAGUGGGUGGAUGUUUUGUGUUAAGAGACCACAAAAAUAUUCCAGUUGUUUAUGGAGAAGAAUCAUGCCAACACAAGAAAGAAUGGAUGAUGAUAAUGGAAUACGUAUGAAGGUUGGAUAUAGUGGUAACAUAUUUAUAUCAAACCUUCAGCCUGAUGUGCUGUAUGAGGAUUUCUGUGCUGAGAUUAAAGACAUCUGUAAAUUUGAUGACCAACAACCUUUUACCAUGAAGUGGUUAGACGAAGAAGGAGAUCCCUGUACUAUAUCAUCACAGAUGGAACUUGAUGAGGCAAUCAGACUUUAUGAACUGAACAAAGAUUCAGAGCUUACUCUCCAUGUUUUCCCAAAUGUACCCCAAAGACCAGGAAUGCCAUGUGUUGGAGAGGAUAAGAACAUGUACAGAAAAGGAGCCAGAAGAUGGAGAAAACUAUACAGAAUGAAUGGUCACUUAUUUCAGGCUAAAAGAUUUUCUAAGAAAGCUUUUUGCUCAUUUUGUGCAGACAGAAUAUGGGGUCUUGGUCGUCAAGGAUACAAGUGUAUACAGUGUAAACUAACAGUACACAAACGAUGUCAUAAAUUAUUAAAAGUUGUCUGUGGUGCUCCACAAGUGAAUCAAAAUGAAGGUCCGCGACCUGAUGUAAAGUACCAACGUCCACCACCAAAGUUACAAGAUGGCCAGGACUAUAUAGGCCUCAAAGACUCAACUAAUGGGGAAUCAUCAGAUCAUGUAGCUUCUAUGGAAGUCGUCACUGGGACAGAGGAGAGUGAAGUUAGGAGUGAGUCAACCAAUGGAAAUGAAUCUGGUAGAAUAUCGUUAGAACAGUUUAAUCUCCUACGUGUGAUUGGUCGGGGAAGUUAUGCUAAAGUGCUAAUGGUGGAACAAAGAACAACCCAACGUGUCUACGCAAUGAAAGUCAUAAAGAAAGAAUUAGUUAAUGAUGAUGAGGAUAUUGAUUGGGUCCAAACAGAAAAACAUGUGUUUGAAACAGCAACAAAUUAUCCAUUUCUUGUUGGUUUACAUUCCUGCUUCCAAACAGACAGCCGGUUAUUUUUUGUGAUAGAGUUUGUCAGUGGUGGAGACUUAAUGUUUCAUAUGCAAAGACAACGAAAAUUACAUGAGGAGCAUGCUAGAUUUUAUGCUGCUGAAAUAUGUCUUGCCUUAAAUUUCCUUCAUGAAAGGGGUAUAGUGUACAGAGACUUGAAGUUAGACAAUGUGCUACUGGACCAUGAUGGUCAUGUCAAGUUAACAGAUUAUGGAAUGUGUAAGGAAGGUCUAGUUCCUGGUGAUAGAACUAACACUUUCUGUGGAACACCAAAUUACAUCGCACCGGAGGUGUUACGGGGAGAAGAAUAUGACUUUAGUGUAGACUGGUGGGCCUUAGGGGUACUUAUGUUUGAAAUGUUGGCUGGCAGAUCCCCCUUUGAUGUUGUUGGUGGAGCUGAGAACCCUGACCAAAACACAGAAGAUUACCUCUUCCAAGUUAUAUUGGAAAAGACUAUAAGAAUUCCAAGGUCGUUGUCAGUAAAGGCAGCUUCAAUACUCAAAGGAUUCCUUAACAAGAAUCCUGUAGAAAGACUUGGUUGUCAUCCACAAACAGGAUUUAGUGACAUCAUGUCACAUCCAUUCUACCGUUCUAUAAGCUGGGACCAGUUAGAGCAGAAACAAAUCAAACCCCCCUAUAAACCAGAGCUGAAGUCAGACAGGGACCUAGAACACUUUGAUAAAGCUUUUACGGACGAACCAGUACAGCUUACCCCUGAUGAUCCGAAGUUGAUAUCUGAGAUAGACCAGACAGAAUUCGAUGGAUUUGAAUAUGUCAAUCCACUACUGAUGUCACUAGAGGAAACAGUAUAACAACAGGGAACCAGUUUAAAGACAGGGGAACAGUAUACUUCUGAUGAUUGUGAUAUUAAAUCUCUGGUUGUGCUUCCUAUUAUUUAAAACUUUUGUAAACACUAGAGUGAUCAGUUCUGUAAUUCAAUGAACAUUUUUAGAAGUAAUUUAUGUAAUAUUUAUCUGAGAUGGUAGUACAAAAAUGUGGGUUAGUGAAUCCCAGUGAAACCAGGUGAAUGCUGGUGAUUUAGGUGACAACACUCAGAUUUCCAAAUCUGUCAUGUGAAGCCUACGGAAACAGAACAUAAGAUUUUCUUUGUGAAAAUUAACUACCAAAAGUGCUUUUUUAAAAUUUAGCUUCUAGAACAAUUUCUACUGUAAAAGGAAACAUUUUUUUUACUUGGAAAGGAUAAUAUAGAAUUAUAGACAAAUAAAAUUAAAUUUAAAAAAUAUUUAAAGUAUAUUUUGCGAUAUCUGAACUAUUGCAAGCGCUAACAAACUGUAUUCUUGACACUUUUAUGUAAACAAAACAAUUUGUGUCAUAGUUUGUCGUUGUUUUCACAAAAAUAAAAAGACUAAGAUUGAUCAUAUGUCAUGUACAAUUCAGUAUACUUACUAUCACUCUUAGUUGUGAGUUUUUUUCUGAAAUUAACUCCAGGUUUACUCAAUAUUUUUGAACAUCUAUGUUGAUUUGAAGUGUUCAGCACACAGUAUUAGAGACAUUGUCUAUCAUGUAAAUUUAUUAUCAGUAAAUCAACAUCAGUUAUAUGAUUUCAUACGACUGCACAGAUGUAUUGUAAGUUUAUAGCAUGGGACCAUCAGUUUAUUUUUGGUGCAACAUUGUUGGCUUUUCAUUGUUUUAUUGUUUUAAACUGUGAAAACAAAUACUUAAAAGUCAGAAAAAUGGAAUAUUACAAAUAACAUCAUCUGUUUAGAUAUAGUACUGUAUUUGUACUCUUUUGAUUAAAGUUCUUUGGUCAUGGUUUUUUUAAGUGCCUGUUUAUCACUGCAAACUUUAUUAGUGCAAAUAGAACAUUCAUAAUUUUUUGGCAUCAAGAAUUCCAAAAGCUUUAAUUGACCCCAAAGUUUGUAGAAAAGUAAUUUCAAUUACAUUUCUAAAGCAAAACAAUGCUCAAUAUUUGCAGUAAUGAUAAUGGUUUAAAUAGGCUCUAUAAUGUGACGUAGAAAUGAAAAAGUUUCAAAGUCUACAAAAAUAAAAAUUGAUGAUAAUGAUAUCUUUGUAUAAAAUGUAAAAAGAUUUAUUUAUUAUUUAGCCUAAUGAAGAUUUUUAGUUGCUUUAUUUUUAGAUUUAAUGACCUUUUAAGGUCAAAAUAGAUUAAGAUGUCUUUGAAGCAGUAUAUUAAAUAUCAUUUGCAGCUAUUUGAUAAAGUGAUACGAGAAUUCACCAUAAAUUGUACAGAUCUUUUUACUUUUUCUAUUUCAGUAUUCUGUAUUCAUACGUAUCAUAUUUUUAUACAUGUAUUUUAAUUAUGUGGAACUUAAUUAUUAGUAUAACUAACAUUGUAAUAAUAAUACUGUGGAUUAAUUUAUUUUUGUUUGAACCAAUUUUUCGUGGUUUGCAGAAAUUUAGCAUUUUCGUGGAUAUAUAUGAAUUCAUGGUUCUGCCAAAGUAUGGAUACAACUUUAUAGAAAUUUGUAUUUUGUUCAACAUUUAAAAUUUGUGGUUCACCUGUACCAACGAAACCCAUAAAAACUGGUAUUCAACGAAUAAUAAUGAAUCCACAUUAAUAGAUUAUUGUAAACAAGGACAUUUUUCUGCAGUUUUGUUUUCAAUACUUUUGCACUCCAGUUGAACUACUGUGUAUAUUUUAUGGAAACUAAAUUAAUAGGAAAGAUUUAUUUAUAUGUAUAAGUACUAUAUUUUAACAGUAUUUCAUAGGGCACAUAUAAUUAAAUUGAAAAUUUGAAAGUAGACUGCAUAAACAAUUCCCAGUUUACAGUAUAAGAACUGGAAUUGAUUUUCUGAAACAAAUGUGAAAUAAUAUAAAGAAUAUGUAUUUAUUCUGAGACAAUCUUUCUUUCAGGAAAUUGAAAAUCGAUACCUUUUAACUUCAUAUUGAAGUAGUUACAACAUGUGCUUAUUUUUACAACCUGAUUCUGUCUUAUAGCAAAAAUAUCUUAAACUGAAGUUUUUAAAGGAAACUUAAACUAUAAUUAUUUAAGUUACAAGAAAAUGAUUCAGUUAUGUCCAGAUGUUCUAAAUAUAUUUUUGUUGUUGAAGUAUUUUCAUAUUUUUUUUAUAUAAAAUACCCCAUCAUAUAGAACUCUUAAUUCCUAUUGGAUAAUAUUGUUAGUAGUGUACACCAAUAUAUUUUCACAGUAUUUCCAUUUUGCUGUACAAACAAUAAAAUCUGUUUAAGAAUCUCAGUAGGAAUUAAUGUAAGUUCUUAUGACCACUGUGCUAUUUUACAAAAAUAUUUGGUGGGGCUUUUCAAAAGAGAUGUACAAGAAUAGAGUUAUAGAUUUUUUUAUUCAAUUGUAAAAUGAAUUUGUGCAAGAGGUGGGUAUGAAUCCAACGGUGAAUAAUGUUGUUUUUUUUUUAUAGUAUUUGGAAAAACAUUUUUUAUAGCCAAAAUAUUUAUAUUAACAUAUACUAUUUAUUUAUAUGAUAACAGAAAAUAAAAGUAUAUCAAUUAAUCUAGGUCAGGCAAAUACAGAGUUGGGAUUAACUUACUUAAAAUAUUUUAAUGUAAGAACUAUUAGAUUUUUAUUUUCAAAUAAGACAGGUUCACUAACAGUUUGAUAUGAUAAAAACUAUAUAUCUAGUAUGAUAUAAAUUAAAUAAUCAUGAAAAAGUUAUAGAAGACAACGCAACAUAAUCUAGUCUAUGUACAAAUAGUGUAUUAUAAGAAUCUCUUUCUAAAUAAACAUCACAAUUUUGUA